CAGCCGAAGGAAACUCUCAAGGCUGUCCCUGCCGGGGUGGAGGUGGCUCUCCAGGAUAGGGCCCGUGUCCCAGACGCUGCCUGAAGGGAGGCCGAGCGGAGGAUUUGCUUUUGUCUCUUUCAAUGGAGAGUGACUGUAUAGAUCAAUAAUGAGGACCAGUCCUCGAAGGCCUUUAAUUCUCAAAAGACGAAAACUGACCCUCCCACAGAAGGAUGCAUCCAGUACUCCAGCAAGAGAUGAGACUAGUGGUGAGGAUGAAAAGGCUCCUAAGCAGGAGCACAGCCAGGACAACCAACACAACCACCAACCCGGAGACAAAGUGGACUGCAGGCUGCAGAAAUUCCCAGCAGGAAUAAAGAUAAUUAACCAUCCUACUAUGCCCAACACACAAGUGGUGGCCAUUCCUAGGAAUGCUGAUAUCCAGAGCAUCAUAGAGGCACUGACAGCAAAAGGAAAAGAAUGUGGCAACACUGGGCCCAACAAGUUCAUUCUUAUUAGCAGUGGGGGCACAUCCUGUUCAGCAGGUCCAACACCAUCUCAGCAUCUCCCAUCAGAGACGAAAGCCUCUGCAGCAACCAAGGCUUCAGCUGGCCAAGAAAGAGCAAAGAAUGUUACUCAGACACCCAGUCUUGUGAGAGAGACAAUGCUCUGGCAUUCAGGAGUUGAUUCUGGGGGUGGACGAGAACAGGAGAGCAACAGCAGUGGUGAGACAAUGAGCUCUAUGUUGGACAGCAGUCUCACUAACAUCCAGUGGCUGGGGAAGAUGAGAUCUGAUGGGCUAAGUCCCUCUUCUGUGAAGCAAGACAUGGAGAAGGAGAACAAGACACCUCUGCAGGAAAAAGUCAAGACAGAAGAGGAUUCUGGUGCUGCUAUUCCUACUGUUGCCGCCGCCUCCUCGUGGCAGGACUCAAUAUCAGAACGACCUCCUUACUCCUACAUGGCCAUGAUCCAGUUUGCCAUCAACAGCACUGAGAAGAAGCGUAUGACUCUAAAGGACAUCUAUACCUGGAUUGAGGAUCAUUUCCCGUAUUUUAAACAUGUGGCUAAGCCAGGUUGGAAGAACUCCAUUCGGCACAACUUGUCCCUUCAUGAUAUGUUUGUCCGUGAGACCUCUGCUAGCGGUAAAAUCUCAUUCUGGACUAUUCACCCUGAUGCAAACCGUUGCCUAACGUUGGAACAGGUAUUUAAGCCGCUGGACUUGGGGUCAUCAACAUCGCCUGAGCACUCUGAAGCACACCAAAAGAGACAUCUUCCAGAUCCCCAGAAGAACAUGGGAAGCAAUAGCAGCAGCAAAACCGAACCCCAGAGUGCACGCCGAAAGAUGAAGCCUUUGCUUCCUCGUAUCAACUCCUACCUGGUUCCAAUCCAGUUCCCUUUGAGUCAGCCUCUUGUCUUGCAGCCUUCUCUGAAGGUACCUCUAUCCACGGCACAGGGAGGGUCCCUCAACAGCUCAGAGACUUUCCGGAGCAAUAAGCGUGUGCGUAUUGCUCCAAAGAUGUCACUCUCCACAGAAGAGUCAGCCUCUUUACCCACAACUGCGGUCAAGGAGGAGAGUCAGUGUGACACACGAUUUUUUUCCCCAACCCAUUCUCUAAAGGAGAGCAGCUCCCAGCCUGGUGAGGAAUCAGCUUCUUUCCCUGAGAGCAUCUGUGUAAAGGAGGAAGGCGGCUCUCAAUUGGAUGACUGGCUGUCCCCAUUUGCAUCAACACUGACAGUAAAGGAGGAGCCAGGCUCGCUCUUCACCAUCUCAUCUGUAAAGGAGCAGAAACAAUUCACUGUACUGAAGUCACCACCUAAGGGUGUUUGUGACACGUUAGUUAUAAAGAGGCGGGAAAUGGGCAGAUCGAGAAGGAAACAACGUCUAGCGCUGCCUUGCUCAGAAGAGCCUGUCCUUGUUUUGCCAGAAAGCAAUGCCUUUGACCCCUUCCAAUUAGAGGCAGACUGUCCCUUCCUGCAGGAAAGCCAGCCUCUUCAGAAUGAAUCACAGCUUAGCUGCUCGCAGAGGGAAGAAGGGCCCUUCAAAACACCAGUCAAAGAGAUGUUUAGCAAAUUGCCAGUUUCUUCCACUCCCAGCAAAGUCUCAGUAGCAACUACCUCCCCACUAGUGGGACAUGACUUCUGGAAGUCUGCAUCCUUAGCCAAGGGAAGUCAUGAGCUGGACUUCAGUCCAGUGAGAACUCUUCAGUUGCCAUUAACACCCCUCCAAGAGAAUCAGGAUUUGUUGGGUUUUAACAGCACACCACUUAAAAAUCACCUGUUUGAGUCCACUCAGGAACUGCUCAGUACAGAAUCCAGUGACGUAGUGCAUGCCCCCCUCACGAGCUCUCCACCUUUUGUUCAUGAGUCUACUAAGCAAUCAUCUGGCUUUACUGAAAACCGGUCACUCAUGGAGGGCCUUAUCCUGGACACCAUGAAUGACAGUCUGAGCAAAAUCCUUCUAGAUAUCAGCUUUCCUGGUCUUGAGGAUGAAAACUUGGGAACAGACAUUAGCUGGUCUCAGCUCAUACCUGAACUGAAGUAAACUACACUGAAGACUGAAAUUGGUUUGUUCUGAUAUUACAGAAAGCGCUCUACUGAGAUCUGUUCAUGUAGGCUAAGAUAACUAUCUGCUUUUGUUUAAUUCCCACACCCAAGGGAACAGAGAGCACUAUUGACUCCUGCUAAGCUGGGAGAAAGCCCCAUUGGCUGCUGUGAGCUCCUUUUAUAAGCUGCAAUAGACUGUAUGUGGAAGAAGAAAGAAUCUCUCUAACCUUGUGCUAGAGAUGAAAGUCCCUGGAGAGAGGUUAUCAAGAGAACAUCUAGGUAGGCCCUCAAUGGCACUUGCUGCUCAAGGUAUCAGAGGAAACAGAUGCACUCCUCAGUUACAUACAAUAGGAAGGAGCCCGGGAGCCUCCUCCUAGCUCUGUCCUUACUUCCUUUUACUUGGUUCUCAUAUUACUUAGUAUCUUCUGUGUAGUUUUAAUGGCUGUAAAUACUGUACAUUCCUUAAAUUAGCCCUUAAUUAUAAUAAUAAUAAUUUUAUUCUUGUAGGGUCAUGGGAAUAUUUGGGCUGAGAAAUGGUUUGAGUUGGAGUGUUGUCCAUAUGUUCCACAUCUCCUGUGUUCUUCUACCCUAGAUAAGAGCCCAAAGUACUUACUACUUGGGUUUUUUUUCUCCUUCUUUGACUUCAGAAACACAUUGUCCAGGCUAUUCUGAAGGUUGCUGGGGCAAAAAACUGAGAAAUCACCUGUAUGUGACUCAAGUAAAUUGAACCAGGUCGUUAUCUGCACUGCAGCAUAAAAUCUUGGUUUGGCUUCCUUUUCCCAGGCUGGAAUGGAGAAAACUUUGUUGCAAGCUGUAUAGCUUUCUGAUUCCAGAUUCCUAUUAUUAGGUACCUAGGUAGAGUCACUGUUGCAGUAAGAUGGACUUCUGUUUAAUGGUUAAAGCUGGUCUCAUUACAGUCAUCAGCUGAAAAUGUAAAGAACCUAUAAAGCAAAUGCUGAUAUUUCCCCUGAAAAGUGACCUCUUGAAAUACAUGGUAUGUUUCUCUUAGUGCAAUAGGACAACUCACCCCCAUUCUCUAGAAUUUGCAUCAAAAGAGGCAAUUGCCAU